CACCCAUUGAAUACAGAGCCAGCAGAAGACAUGCAGCACCGCCCAUGAGCUGUAGUUAAUGCAGAUCAUUUCAACUGGAUCCCGCCACAGACUGUUAAUAUGUCACUAACGCGGAAUGAACUGCAACGACACUUGUAGACUGGUCGUUUGACGGCGGAAAAUAAAGCUGCACGUAUCCGGAUCAUUAGAGCGCACAAAAAACAGUAACAAAAAUCACCCAAAGGGUGUUCUGAUUUGUCUUCUGGAGGGGCAUCAGAAGGCUCCAUAAAAUGACCCAAUCUGUGCACAUAACUUCCAAACUGCCAAAUCUUAGUGCCCCUUUUCAUUGCUCUACUGAGGAAGAAACAGAUCAAGGUAGCUCCUAUUCUGUACAGACACCCUAUGGAUUCCACCUGGACCUUGAUUUUCUCAAGUAUGUUAAAGAAAUAGAGAGUGGGCACAGCAUUCGUAGGCCUAAUGUUAACACUCGUAAAGGAUCAAGAGGCGACCGAGCCUACCAGAGGAAUCUGGGUAUCGGGGGUAGGACCAGUGGCUGGACCUCCACUGAGUCACUUUCAUCAACAACAAGUGAGAAUGGCCAAGCUAAUCCACCUUUUCUCCAGAGCCCCAUCACAUCACCCAGCAAAUCACAACCACUUUCUCCAUCACCAGUGAUCAGUCCAAGUCUACCUGCUUUCUCGAAAGUGCCACCACCACCUCCACCGCGUAACCCUAGGGUAGAGCGAACUCUCCUUGAAACAAGCAUUCGAUUACAACAGGAACAAAGUCAGUUUUCCAGUGGAUUAGGCUCCAAUUUCCUUGACCUUUCCAAAGUGAGUUCCAAAGCUGGCGGAUCCAAUAGUGACUUCUCUAUAGCUUCUUCCCAGCUUUCUCCAGAUGCACGCAUGCUACAGAUAUCACCUGCUGUGCAGAACCCCCUUACUAGUGGCUGGACCAGAGCUAGUCCUCAGACUUCUGGAAGGUGCACUCCAGCCUCCAGCUCAGGAACAUCUUCAUUGCCUCCUGGGCAGCUUCAGACUGUCCGAGAACAGAUGGCUGCAGCCCUUAGGCAGCUGAGAGACAUGGAAGAGAGAGUGAAAGGAGUACCAGUCCUAGAAAGAGAAGUGGCAUUGCUCCGUGCCGAAAAGGAAAGGUUGACUCUGGAACUUCAAAAGAAAACAGAGAAACUUGAUGCUACUCUCAAACUGAAUGUCUCCACUGCAGCAGUAGUGGAAGCAGGAGCAGUAGAGGAAGUAAAUAAGCCUCCUAUCAUUACUAUAGACAAAAGAUCCAUUGCAGUAGGUGGUGAAAUCCCUCUUGAGACAGUAAAAGUCUGCAAACAUCAGGUAGUCAAGGAUGCUGCUGUUGAAGCUUCUGUUGAGGUUUGUCAUGCAGCUGUUGAGACUGAAGACAAUGCCAUGCUUGAUGAGGAAAUACAGGCUGUAGUGGAUACAGAAGAUGUGGCUGUCUGGGUAAUAGAAUCAUUUCUAGGGCUUCAAAGUGAGACAGAACGAGAAAUUGAUACACUGCAGCAUACCAUCGAAUUUCAACAAGAAUCAAUUCAGGUUCUAGAGACCCGAUUAACUCAGGUCAAUCAAGACCUGGAUGCAUUAAGGUUGCAAGAAACAGAGAGGACAUCCAAGAUUAUGUUGGACAAAGCGUCACUAGCCAAACCAGAGACAGUCAAUGCCCAAAUGGAAACGUGUCCUGAGGUUUGUUCAAAAACAUCAGUUGGAGUGGGGGUUCCAGAUGUGACUGACAUUUAUUGCUUUUCAAAGACAAAAAAUGACCAAUGCGUACAAACAGACCCUGUGGAAACUUCAAAGGAGAAAGCUGUGACACUGGUAAGCACCGGUAUCCAGUGGGAAUCCAGUCUCUACGUUAGUGAUACACAAGAGAGUGAAGAACAGACCUCUUCUUCAGAGGCUGCAGGCCCUCUGAAGUCUAUCAUGAAGAGGAAGGAUGGGAGUGGUUCUGGUGCAGCUUCCAGCGGUGGCAAAAAGAGCUUGAAGUUUGUUGGAAUUUUAAAUGGAGGGUAUGAAUCGACCUCUAGUGAGGAGGAUGAGGAAGAGGAUAAGGAGAGUUCCUCAGAUGGAAGUGAGGCUGGUUUGUGUUCAGACAGCAGUGUGGAAGAGGAGGCAGCUCUGGAGGACACGUCUGAUGAGGAGAUUAAUAUAAAUGUGGAUGAAAUAGACAGUGAUGAGAACACAGCAGCUGGAACUGAAGAUCUGAAGGAUCAGGCAGAGGAAGUGAAGGAAAAGUUUGAACUAAGUGCCGAAAUGCGUGAGGCUUGUUUGAUUUUGAAGAACCACCUUAAUGAUGGAUCCAAAACAGCGAAGAGUAAAGAAGUGCUGUCCAGCACUCAUACCAUUCAGCUGGAAUGGUUCAGAGUAUCCAGUGCAAAGAUGGCCCAACUGUCACGUGUGUCAAAUUACCUGAUGGCUUUCUCAGAGGUGUCCCCUGUCCUGCUGCAACACAUAGUCAACAUGACGGACGGCAACGGCAACACUGCUCUGCACUACAGCGUCUCCCACUCCAACUUCACAGUAGUGGACCUACUGCUGGACACAGGCAUGUGUAAUGUGGAUCAGCAGAAUAAAGCAGGUUAUACGGCUGUGAUGCUGGCAGCACUGUCAGCAGUGAAGGAGGAAGACGACAUGGCUGUGGUCCAGAAACUCUUCCGUCUGGGCAACGUUAAUGCCAAGGCCAGCCAAGCAGGACAGACAGCUUUGAUGCUGGCAGUGAGUCACGGGCGGCAGGAGAUGGUGCGAGCGCUGCUGGACUGUGGUGCUAAUGUGAACAUUCAAGAUGAUGAGGGCUCCACAGCUCUGAUGUGUGCCAGUGAACACGGCCGAGCUGAGAUCGUCUCUUUACUUCUGGAGCAGCAUGGUUGUGACAUUACAGUCAUAGACAAUGAUGGCAGUAAUGCUCUCUCCAUUGCCCUGGAGGCGUCCCACAAUGACAUUGCUGUCUUACUGUAUGCCCAUAUGAACUACUCCAAAACACAGGGAGAUGUAACACCUAAAGCAAACCCCCGGGGCCCGCCCAGUCCAAGAUGAACAUGGCCCUCAGAGUGACACAUGGAUACAAAAGGAUAUAAAACUAAGACUAACUAGCUUUACUGGAAGAUUAACAAUGUAUAUGUUACAAGUUUAAAUGUAUUUAUAUUGUAUUCACUGAGUAUUAAGUCUUUAUUCAAAUACUGAAUGCGUUAUACUGCAGAUAGAAUAAUAUGUAUCCACAUUAAUGUAAGACAGGUCAUAUUUCUCAUUCAUGUCCUACAGGUAGGUUUAAAAUCUGGAAACACGUUAUCUGGAAUAAUUACAGUUUAUGUGUAAUGCUAUCAUGAUUACAUGGUGUGGUUUAACUGAAACGUUAGGCUACGUAUCAUGAUGCAUUAUCUUAUUUCACAUUUUGUUGUGGAAUGCUUCCCUAACCUUCAAUAAUCAUUAAAACCGCACACACAAACACACACCGUGGCUUCCCAACAAGGGCAGCCUGUGAGCGGUGUAAUGACAUGCUGUUUGUAAAAGGGCAGAAACAAACACCUACAUUUAUUCUACAUGGACUCCACCCUUGUUUCCCACCACAGUGCUUUAUUUUUAUCUUCAAAUCUAAUUGAGGCAUGUGAUGAUCUGAUGGUGGUCUUUUAUCGGAGUAGUUUUAUUCUCUCAUGAUCUUUAUCCCAAACAAACAUUAAUUGGCAAAUACAGUGUCCCCAAAGUAUUUGAACAGUUAAAAUGUGAUAAUGAAUGUCAUUGUAUUAAAUAAAAGAAUAUAAGAUAACACAAGCUUGCUUUUUAAGCAAAAAAUAAAUAAAUAAAUAAAAUAAAUAACAAAAAUAAGUACUUGGACACUUUAUGGUUGUGAAAUGUUAGUGUAACAUGUCCAAAGUUAAAGGGAUAGUUCACCCAAAUAUGAAGAUUCUCUCAUCAUUUACUCACCCCCACACCAUCUCAGAUGUGUGACUUUAUUCUGCAGAAACAAAGAUUUUUAGGUCCUCACAAUGCAAGUGAAUGGUGACCAAACUUUUGAAGCUCCAAAAUCACAUAAAGGCUGCAUAAAUGUAAUCCAUAAGACUCCAGUGUUUCAAUCCAUGUCUUCAGAAGCGAUAGGUUAGGUGUGGGUGAGAAACAGAUCAAUAUUUAAGUCCUGUUGUACUAUAAAUCUCCACAUUCACUUUCACAUGCUGCUUCUUUUGUUUUUGGCAACUUUCUUUGUGCAUAUCACCACUUAUUGGUCUGGGAGAAUUUAUAGUAAAGAAGUACUUAAAUAUUGAUGUGUUUCUUACCCACACAUAUUAUACAGCUUCUGAAGAUAUACAUUUAACCACUGCAGUCAUAUGGAUUACUUUUAUGCUGCUUUUAUGAGCUUCAACAUUUUGGUGCCCAUUCACUUGCAUUGUAUGGAUCUACAGAGCUGAGAUAUUAUUCUAAAAAUCUUAAUUUGUGUUCUGCUGAAGAAAGAAAGUCAUACACAUCUGGGAUGGCAUGAAGGUGAGUAAAUAAUGACAGAAUUUUCAUUUUUGGGUGAACUAUUGCUGUGGUUACUCAUCUAGGACACCUGUGUGAAAUUAAGGGGAACUGACUUGAUGUAUCCCCUAAAAAUUACACCAGUUGUUUAGAAGUCAUUGAAAAAAUGGCUUAGAAGUGCAAAGUUAUUACUGCAACUUGCUUUGAUAUUUCAUUAUCUAAUGCAAUGCCAUGCAAACAUUUUAAUUUUAACUUAAAUGUCCAAAUACUUCUUGGGUCCACAGUACAGUCUUAACAGACAGACAUAGAGAGCUUAAACUUAAGGAUACUGUCUGUUUUCUAAGAUUUCCUUUCCAUUUAUGAUUGUUUACUGACCGUUAGUGUUAAGCUGGAUCAUUAACAUUAACAUUCAUCAAAUAAUUGAACACUGCACUUGGCACACACGGUUUAUUUAUGGUUGGUCAGAAACCAGGUGUUGAGUUCAAUACCUGCUAAAACUAAAGUUGAAAAAAAAAAAGAAAAAAAAAAAAAAGAAAAUUCAUUUCAUUUUAUUUGCUCAGUUAAAUGUAUUUUAAUGUAUUCAAUGGUUCUAUUUUUUACAGCCUUUAAGUAAUGUUGUGUACUAUUUCUGCUUUGUCAGUAUUUGUUUGUACUCAAAAUUGUGUGCUUUGUUUUAAUGACUGUAUUGUUUUACAAUUGUAUCAUGUUAUGCAGCUUUGGCUACUUAAAGGAAUAUUCCAGGUCAGUCGACCGCGUUUGUGGCACAGUGUUGAAUACCACAAAAAAUAAUUUCAACUCGUCCCUUUUCUUUAAAAAAAAUAAAAUAAAAAAAAAGGACAAAUGGAGGUUACAUUGAAACACUUCCAUUGUAAGUGAAUGGGGCCAAUUUUUGGAGGGUUCAAAGGCAGAAAUGUGAAGCUUAUCAUUUUAUAAAAGCUCUUACAUUAAUUCUUCUGUUAAAACUCCUGUAUUAUUUGAGCUGUAAAGUUGUUUAAAUCAUAAUUUUUACAGUUGUUUUAGGGUUUGUUGAAAAUUAUAUAAUUGUCCAUAACUUUACACAGAAAUGGUUUGUAAGUGAUUUUAUCACACAUUAUGUCUUGUGGUUAUACUUCUGAAUCAGUAUUUUAAUGUUUAUGCAUUUGGCUCCAUUCACUUCCAUUGUAAGAGCCUCACUGUAACCCAGAUCUUUUUUUUUUUUUUUUAAGGAGGGACAAGUCAACUUUUUGUGGUAAAUCAAUAUUAUGCCAUAAAUGCUGUCGAUUGAGCUUAACUUGUAUUGAACAUGGAACAUUAUUUAAGUUAACCUUUUUGCAAAAUGCACAAUAAAAAGUUUAAUUGUAUGAUGUCA